AUGCACUUGAAAAUCGAUCAUAAGGUGAACCUCCAUGAGGCAGCGCGACUGGGUAAUUCACGCGCUGUGGAGAUAUUGUUGGACGGGGAAAAUGUCAAUUCCCUUGACAACAAUCGUCGGACGCCUUUAUCAUGGGCAGCAGAGUCGGGACAAACGAAUAUAGUCGAACUGUUGCUCGCGAGGAAUGACGUCGACGUUAAUUGCGAAGACAAGGAUGGCCGAACAGCGCUAUCGUGGGCAGCAGGGCGUGGGCAUAAGGAUGUAGUCAAACUGUUGCUCGCGAAGGAUGGGAUUGAUGUGAACCGCAAAGACAACCGUGAUUACACGCCGCUAGGACACGCGGCAUCCAGUGGGCGGAAACUCACGGUCGAGCUAUUGCUCACAAGGGAUGACAUUAAUGUGAACUGCAAAGACGACAGGAAUCGAACACCCCUAUUACAGGCGGCAGUGUUCAGAAGUAUCGAGGUGGUAAAGCUAUUGCUCGCGAGGAACGACAUUGACAUGAAUAUUGAAGACAUAGAAGGUCGAACACCGCUCUGGUGGGCAGUCAGGAAUGGGCAGAAAAAUAUGCUAAAACUACUCCUGAAAAAGCAAUGUGCUCUCUGCCCCGGUCGAACACCGCUGUCGUGGGCUGCCGAGAAUGGCCACCAUUAUGUUGUGCAGGUGCUGUUGGAUGAUGCCGAUCCGAACUUCAGAGAUGGUGACGGUCAGACCGCGCUCUCGCGAGCUGUGCACAACCGACGUGAGACCGUUGUGGAGCUGUUGGCACCCGUUGACACCAUCACAUUGCAUCAACUUGUGAAAGAAGGGGACCGGGCCGCGAUCAAUCUACUCUUGAGCAAUGAGUAUGACCUCAAUACGAGAGAUGACCGUGGUGAGACACCAUUGCAUUUUGCCGUCUCCUUGGGACAUCUGGAGAUAGCACUAGAUCUGAUCUCCUGUGGAGCCGAAAUUAAUCCCCAAGACUGCGACGGGCUCACGCCGCUCCGCUUGGCAAUGCAGAGGAGGAAUUGCCAUUUGAUUCAGGAGCUGCUCAAACGCAAAGCACGCGUGGAUCGUAUCACUGCGAAGGAAUGGCGCGAUGCGUAUGGAAAACAAGACCGAGAUAUUGUGCAGUUGUCCGAAGGAGAUGAUGGCACCAAACGGGUGGACUUUGUAUCCGACUUUCAUGAAUUGUCGAAUUCCGGAAUUGAUCAACGUAUCCUCUUACUCGUGGAUGACUCAGACGACUUGCUAUGGUCGAAAAUCCCAAUCCCCGGCUCCAAGGAGCCACUAGUACCAAAUAAAUUGCACGUUUCUCUCCCAAGAAAAGAAGCCGAGGGUGACUUUGCAGUUUCAGUUUCUCUCUUGUUUCCCGCCGAGCAGGGCUCAUCCGGGAAAUACUUCAGUGUCCCCACUGGCGGCAAGAGCAGAAUUGCAUGGAAAAUAAGACGACCCACGAAUCCGAAGAGUGAAGCAUGGAGGCCAAUUGUAUACUUUAGCACGCUCCCAUACGGCUGGAUACCGAGUGAUGGGAUGGAUUUAUUCAAACAAUUUAUUGUCCACCUAAAAGAAAGGUGGUUGGGACUAUGCCAACAAGCCGAGGAGCAUCUAUCAGAAAGACGCCUGGGUCAAUUGAGUUCUAAGGGCAAAAAUCCGAAGCUAAUCGAUUGUCUCGCCAGUGAUGCGCAGAAGUGGACUGAGCUUCGGACCAUUUUACUAAGCCAAGCCCGUGAGGCUAGGAAAUUCGUUAACGACUACUGUCAAUACUACAACGUGAACUCGAUUCCAAAGGAAUUGAUGCUAUUGAUAGAUGAGUUUGAACUCAGUAUUAACAAUCAGAUUGGACAGUUGGAUCAAACCGUCCGGGAUCUUCUACAGAUUGAGUUUGCCUGGGUUUCAGUCACAGAGACAAGAAUCGCAACCAGACUCGGUCAGAAUAUGAUGCUCCUUACAUACGUCAACAUCUUCUAUUUGCCGCUAGCAGUCUGCGCAGCGCUCUGGGCCAUUCCAGAUAUCCAGAAUAGUAGCACGAGAAAUCCCUUUAUUAUCACUUCUGUAGUUGUUGGCCUGAUUACAUUUCUGGUCGCCUUUAACAUGGAGAACGUCAAAGGGUUCAUGGGAAACGUGUGCCGGCAAUGGAAAGAGCAUAUCGUGAGAAGCCGGGGUGAAGAUCGUGGGGACAACAGGGGAGAGAAAUUUCAAGAUGUUCAUCCUACUCAGCAGACACCAUCUGAAGUGUGGCUUGUGGGAGACUCCGUACAUAGGAUAGUGGGAUGGUUAACAGGAAGGAAGCAGCUGAGCCAGCAGAAAGAAUCGAAGUUGGAUGGUGCUAAUGCUUGCUGA